CUCACCCACGGCCCCAUUUACCUCUCAUCAUGGAGACCCAGCGUGUCCUCUCAUCCUACCGUAAGCGUUUUGGGACUCAGAGCAGCCCUUCAACCCCACUUAUUACCAGGAGCCUCGGGCGUCUGUCCCUCCACAGCACCCCACGCCACACGGCUCUGUCCAGCCCCAGCGUGUCCCGUCUGUCCCUGGGAACUGAUAGGCUUGACUUCUCUGCCGACUCGCUACUUAAGGCUCAGUACCGUGAGACGCGCACCAAUGAGAAGGUGGAGAUGAUGGGCCUGAACGACCGCUUCGCUAGCUACAUCGAGAAAGUACGUUUCCUUGAACAGCAGAACAAGGUACUGGUGGCCGAGCUGAAUCAGCUGCGUGGGAAGGAGCCGAGCCGUCUCGGGGACAUCUAUCAAGAGGAGCUGAGGGAGCUCCGCAGGCAGGUGGAUGGCCUGAAUAAUGCCAAGGCACGGCUGGAGAUCGAGAGGGACAACCUAGCAGCUGACGUGGGCACACUGAAGCAGAGACUUCAGGACGAGACCACACUGAGACAGGAUGCAGAAAACAGCCUGAAUGCAUUUAGACAAGAUGUGGACGAGGCAGCCCUGAACAGGGUACAGCUGGAGCGGAAGAUUGAAGCCCUGCAGGAUGAGAUCGGUUUUCUGAAGAGAGUCCAUGAGGAGGAGAUGCGGGAGCUACAGGAGCAGUUGAAUGCUCAGCAGGUGCACGUGGACCUGGACGUGUCCAAGCCAGACCUGACUGCGGCACUGAGGGAGAUCCGAGUGCAGUAUGAGGCUGUGGCAACCUCCAACAUGCAGGAGACUGAGGAGUGGUACCGCUCCAAGUUUGUAGAUCUGACUGAUGCAGCCAAUCGGAAUGCUGAGGCUCUGCGACAGGCAAAGCAGGAAGCCAACGAUUACCGCAGACAGAUUCAGGCCCUGACGUGUGACCUGGAGUCUCUGCGUGGAACCAAUGACUCUCUGGAGCGGCAGCUGCGUGAGAUGGAGGAGCGUUUCUCCACGGACACGGCGGCGUAUCAGGACACGGUCGCACGUCUGGAGGACGAGAUCCAGGCUCUGAAGGAGGAAAUGGCUCGACACCUGCAGGAGUAUCAGGACCUCCUGAACGUCAAGCUGGCUCUGGACAUCGAGAUCACCACCUACAGGAAGCUGCUGGAGGGAGAGGAGAGCCGGAUCACUGUUCCUGUGCAGAGUUUCUCCAACAUACAGUUCAGAGAAACCAGCAUCGACACUAAACCACCUGAGAGUCUCGCUAAGAGAAGCAUCAUAGUACGAACCGUGGAGACACGCGAUGGAGAGAUCAUAAAGGAGUCGACCACGGAGAGGAAGGAGCUGCCGUGAGGACGAGACGUCUUCACGUCUUCUUCACUUCAUCGCUACACACAUGAGAAAUAACAUGAACACUAAACUGACAUCUUAAUAAAGCAGUUCCACCGAUUAAACCGUGAACAUUAACACCGUUACACAUCCGUUUAGUCCUCACUAACAUCUCAUUAACACACAAACCCUCAGUGUUUAUAACACCGAGAUGAAAAUGGCUACUGAGGAAGAAAAGAAUUAAAAAAUGAUUGUAUCAUCUGAUUGUAUCUAAUCAAAGGGAUGAAGUUAGAUAAGUUUGUUCCUGGUGAUGGGGGUUUCAUUCAUUCAUUCAUUCAUUCAUUCAUUCAUUCAUUUUCUACCGCUUAUCCGAACUUCUCGGGUCACGGGGAGCCUGUGCCUAUCUCAGGCGUCAUCGGGCAUCGAGGCAGGAUACACCCU